AUGAUGAACGGAUUGGAAAUCGAGCGUCAGACAUUAAGCACGAGCAAUGCUCUCAUCAAUAACAAUCAUGGAGAAAUAACCGACAUUCUUAUUGCUGGAGCUGGAAUUAGUGGUCUUGUCACUGCCAUUUGCUUGCAUCGUGCUGGUUUCUCUGUUCGCAUUCAUGAACGGGCUCAAAAACUUGAGGAAGCAGGUUUUGGUGUGAAUCUCCAACCGUAUUGCGUUAAGUUAUUGUACGAGCUCGGACUCGAAUCCGAAAUGAAUGAAGCCGGCAUUCGUAAUAAUAAAGCGGUUUUCUAUUCACACAAUGGACAGCCUGUUUAUCAGGAUCAGAGAGGCCUCGAUGCAGGUUACAAAUGGCCGAUGUAUUCAAUGCAUCGAGGUCGCUUUCAACAACUUCUGCUUCGUCAUGUACAAGAAGAAAUGGGUCCAGACACUGUUCGGCUCGGCCAAAAGUUAGUCACAUUUCGAUUGCAACCGCAUCAUGUUGAAGUCGAUUUUAUGAAUUUAAGUACUGGUGAUUUGAAUACAGAAAGAGCCAAAGUGCUGUUAGCUGCUGAUGGAAUCAAUUCGACUGUACGUAAAAUUCUUUAUCCAGAUGAGGGUCCUCCUCUUUGGCAAGGUAUCACCAUGUGGCGCGGUGUGACACGUAUGGAUAAGCUCUAUUUGGAUGGAAGAACCAUGAUUUUUGCUGGAAAUCCGGAUGAUCGUGCAUUGAUUGUCUAUCCUGUAAGCGAAGAGCUCGUUAAUUGGGCUUUCACGGUUCGAAUUCAAGAGCCAGGCGUACGACCUGCGCCGGUGGCAACCGAUUGGCAUCAUCGCGGUCACAUUGAAGAUGUUCUUCCAUUAUUAUCGGAUAUGAAACUAGACUUUCUGGACAUUCCUAACCUCAUACGUUCGUCGAUUAUCGUCAAUCAGUUUCACGUCACUGAUCGCAAUCCAUUACCUCGCUGGACAUAUGGCCGUGCUACUUUGAUUGGUGAUGCCGCUCAUCCUAUGUAUCCCCAUGGCGGAAAUGGAUGUUCUCAAGCUAUUCUCGAUGCUCGUGGCAUUGUUCUGGCCUUUCGUACACAUGGGAUAACGCCAGAAGGUCUCGAAACAUACGAUCGACUACGAAGAACAGCCUCACAGGAUGUGGUUUUGGCUGCUCGCGAGUUCGGUCCCGAUAAGAUCUUGAAAAUAGUCGCCGAACGAUCUCCAUUUGGAUUUCAAAACUUGUCGGAGGUCAUCUCGUCAGAAGAACUCGAGAAUAUGCUCUCAGUGUACAGAAAGCAAGUCCAUUGGAAUGUUGAAAAAUUGAAUCAAGAGCCACCGCUCUUUUGA